AUGGAGGGCGCCGGUGCGUGUAGCUGUUUACUUUUUCUUAUUAUACAAGCAUUGGGCGUAUUCACCAGUGAUAUUGAUUAUAUUGAAUAUUUGAACCGAACAGAUCCAACGAAAAUUCAACUCUACCAAUUCAGGAGAGAACACCCGAAUCCUAUCGGUAUUCUCACUACGAGCUCAGGGAAAAUUGUGGAAAUACGAGAGACGAAAACGCUUAAUUCAGAACCUUUCGAGAAUACUUACUUUGUAGAUCUAUUAACUCAUUUGCACGCUGAGAGAGUACCUGAAAGAAUUGUUUACGCUAAAGCCGCCGGUGCUUUUGGUUACUUUGAGGUAACCAACGAUGUAUCUAAGUACACUAAAGCCGAAGUUUUCAAUGGGGUGGGCAAGAAGACCCCUGUUAUGGUUCGAGUAUCCACAAUGCUUCAAAACAGAGGAGGAACCGAUCUAGCCAGAGAAUCAAAAGGCUUCUCAGUUAAAUUUUACACAAAGGAAGGAAAUUUAGACUUACUAUGCCUCAAUAUGCCAGUUUUCUUCCUUAAUGAUCCUAUUGAUUUCCCGCAUUUACUUCAUGCUUUUAAAAGGAAUCCAAGACCUCAUCUCUACGAUUUUAAUAUGGUUUAUGAUUUCAUAACAAAGAAACCAUUCUCACUCUACGGUUAUUUAUGGACUAUGUCUGAUUUUGGUAUACCAAAUGGGUAUAGACGUAUGGACGCAUUCGCAGUUCACACUUUCGAGAUCAAUAACAAAUUUGGAGAUCGGUACUUUGUCAAAUUUAACUUUAGAACUGAGCAAGGCAUAGAAAAUUUACCUUCGGAUGUUGCACAACAAAUAACAGUACGUGAUCCAGAUUAUUACAAACGAGACUUGUAUAAUGUUAUAGAGAAAAAGCAAUUCCCUUCAUGGAUUUUGGAGAUGGAUGUAAUGAGCUUGGAAGAUGUAAAAAAUAUUGAUUAUAAUCCGUUCGACGUUGGUAGAAUAUGGAAAAAUGGUACUUAUUGUACAGUACCUAUCGGGAGACUUGUUUUGAAUAGAAACCCAGAUAAUGCGUAUAGAGUUGCUGAAAGAGUUGCCUAUAAUCCUGCAAAUUUAGUCCCAGGAAUUCCUGGACCACAAGACGUAUUGUUCAAAGCCAGAAGACAAUCUUAUCGCGAAGCUCUAAUAUAUCGUUUGGGUGUAAAUUACAAUAAAAUUAUGGUCAAUGCUCCUCUGUAUUCUAAAGUGUACAACCGGGAUGGUGUCUCUCCGUUGAGAGAUAAUAUGAAAGAUGCUCCUGUAUAUUAUCCUAAUUCAUUCAGUGGACCUGUACCAUAUGUUGAUCCGGCUCAACCGAAAGAAAAAUUACUCAUUUACGAGUCGAAUGCAGUUGAUUUGGAACAACCUGCUCUUUUCUAUAAUAAAAUUCUUCGCACUGAUGAAGAGCGGACUAGACUUGCAAAGAAUAUCGUACCGACAUUAGUUGGAGUUUAUCCUGAACUUCAGAAACGUUUGAUAAACUUGCUUACGUUAAUAGAUCACAGAUUAGGAAACGAUGUUGAAGUCUUUCUUGCGAAGGAAUUGAAAAAACCACCUCCUAAACCACCAAAAGUUUUAAGUUAUUCUCGAAAUUUAUGGAGCCAUCAAGAUUUUUGUCCAAUGAAACCUGAUGGUCAUAAUAAUGAAGAUAAAGAUAUUGAUAAAGAAUAG